CAUGGCGCGCUGAUUAGAAACGCUGUUCCGUUGGCCAAUUUCGAUUUGCCAAUCUGUUGCCAAAAUAGUUACACACGGUUCCCCUCCCUCGAAUAUUUUCUCAAUCUCUCUCUCUCUCUCUCUCUCUCUCUCUUUGCUCUUCUGGUCGCCAAUUAGCGCCUGUGCUCUGUCGUGUGUGUGAAUCACUUGAUUUGAGUGUCGUGGCCCUUAUUCAGUCGCAUUAAUCAGUUGCAAGACGAUCGAUUAACUGGCAACAACUGUGCCUCCGCCGCGUGCAACUGACUCGCCGCUCCGGGUGCCCCAAAAAGCACAAAAUAAAAGUCAAGUGAAAAGUGAACAAGUAUCACAAGAAAAUUAUACACAUAUUCUGAUAAAUUUCAAAAUAUUUGUGAAUUUCCUCAAAGCAAGCAGCGCUCAUCAAUUUUCGCACAAAUUUUCGCGCAAGCGAAAAUUUUAAUUGAAUUACCUAAUCACUUGCCCUGAGUUCCGCGAGAGUGAGUGUUUCGAAUAUUUCUGAGUGUCUGAGUGUGUUGUGAGUGCGUGGUGAAUUUUAAAUAAUACACAGACACUGUCCAUAUUCACAUCUUACAUUCUCGCAUCCCACAUUGCAUUUGUGGCUGGCCUGGGAGACACUUCUCAAUUGGAGGAGCAUUACGCAAGCGACAACUAGAGGAAAGCAUGUCGUCUGAUGACGCUCUAACCGGCGUCGGGGAGCUGCUUUUCACUCUAUUGAUUGGCUAUCUGGGCGCCCUGGAAUUCGCCUUUGUGGCACGUCAUCUUUAUCACUGGACAUGCCGGCAUCCCGAUUCACAGGAGGCAGUUGAUGCCGCUGCCGAUGCUGAGGAGUUGCCACGACUACGGGAUCGCCUCGAAAAGGAGCUGGCUGAGGCAAUGGCAAGGGAGGCAGCUGCUGGCGGCAAUGUCAUGCAGGAUGGAGUCCUCUACACCAAUGGUUUUCGCUUGGAGUCACCUGAUGAUAAGAGAAAGGCAUUGGCUGCCGAAUUGGAGCGACAGCGGCAAAUUGAGGACGAGACACGCAAACAGCUGGCGGAGGCCGAAUUUAAAUUGGCCGAGGAAAGGAAGAAGGCCGAGCAAGAGCGUUUGGCAGCUGAGGCGGCUGAAAGCGAACGAAAACUAAUAGAGGCGGAAAAACAACGCGAAGCGGCGCAGCGAGAACGUGAGGAAAACGAAAGAAAAAUCAUCGAAGCAGAGCGACAACGCGAAGAGCAGGAAAAGCAACAGGAAAGAGAACGUGAGCGAUUAGAAAAUGAAAGAAAAUUGUUUGAAGCUGAAAAGCAACGCGAACGUGAAUGUGAGGAAAAUGAAAGAAGAAUGCAAGACGAGGAAAAACAGCAACGCGAACUAGAGGAGAACGCCAGAAAACUACGAGAGGCAGAGCAACAACGCGAACUAGAGGAAAAUGAAAGAAAACUGCGGGAAGCAGAAGAAAAACGUCUUGAAGCGGAGCGGGAAAGAGAACUCGCUGAGGCGGAGGCAGAGAGGCGUCUCUUGGAAGUGGAGAAUGAGCAGGCUAGACGAGAUGCGGAGAUUGUGGAGCGAUUGUUGGCGGCGGAGCGAGAGCGCAAGUUGAGUGCAACAGAGAGUGAACUGGAGGAGGAGGCGCUCAUCUUGGAACAGUCACGUCGAUUGGCAGGCAGCAAAAUGAAUCUGGAGAGGAAACAAAAGUCAAUUGAGGAGAAUGCUCGUCUCUUUAUGGAGGCAGAGGAGGAAAUGGUGAUGGUGCAACAACGCAUGUUGCAGGCUGCACAGGCGGAAGAGGAGUCGGAGUACGCUGGAGCCAUACCUGUUGUAGAGGAGCCUUGCAUUAAAAAAAUUGUGCCACCUCGUUUUGAGCAACCACAUUCAGCUCAGGCAAUUGAAGAGCCCCUCGUUGUGCAGCGUGUGAAAACUCAGCUUGGACAAGGAAGCGGUCGCGAGGAUCCCUACAUGGUUAAAUCGAAGACCUUAAUGUUUCCUGGCGUAUCCGACGAGGGAUCCUCUGUGGACCCCAUUUCCAGUCAGCAAUCCUCGUUUAGCACUCAACCCUCUGAGGAGCGCUCGCAUCUGUUAACGGAAGAGGAGCGUCCGGAACCAGAGGGAGAGGAUAAUUUACCCGAUGUGCAGUACACCGAGGACUAUUUGCGAUCCCUUGACGGUAUCAAGAGUCGUCCAUUGAUCAGGGAAGAUGGAUCGGGUCGAAGACGCGCCUUUAAGAAGCGCCGUUCGAGUGGAAGUUCUAAUUCAUCGCGUGACUCACGAGCCUCACGCGAUGAAGAGCUCAAAAUGUUCACUUCUCUGGAAGAAGAGGAGCUGCGACAUGGCGAGAAGGCGGACUACAAUCCCAUCAAGUAUACUACGGACCAAACACUACGAGUCAAGACCCACCAGAGACGUCACAAGCGAAGUCCUGCCAAGGAUGUGAAGCCACCAGCAGAUGCAAGUGGCUCUCUGGAAAUGCUUGGUGAGGAAAGCACAAAUCCCUGGGGCGAAGUAACGCCCGAACACUACAAGGAUACGGAGUUUUGGAAGCGCGAAAAGGCGUUGUCCAUUAACGAGGAGGAACUGGACCUAGAGAGACGAGCCUCCGGUGAAGAAGUUAUCGAGCCGGAAAAAAACCAGCCCAAGGCAUCCUCAUUCGAGGAGGCGACCAACGAACAAAAUGAACUGGCGGCCACAACGUUACUCAAGCAGUGUUCCAAGGAGCAAGUGGACAAGGACAGCACGGAGAGCUCCAAGACAACGGAGUCAAGUGGCAGCGACAUCAAAUCCAACCUGCAAACCUCCUCUAUAACAGAGGAGCAGCGUCAAGGCGGCUCUCCUAGUCUACGGCGGAGUCCACGCAUCGAUGAAAUGGAUCAUUAUGAGGAACGUUGGCGUCAGUCGGAGGAGGCAAGUCAUUUGACCAGUCAGCCGCCCAGCAUUUCCGUACAGCAACCAGAUACGGCUCCUUGGCGCGAUCAAUACGGACUUCUCAUGGAGGGAAUAAGCGAUUUCUAUGACUUUACUGCAUCUGUAAAUCCGUCGAGAUCACGUCCUUCAUCGCGUAAUUCUUCACCGCAGCCUAGAAACGUCGCGAAUCGCAUGGAUGUGGACGAGGAGCAUACUCUGGAGGUCUAUGAUGACACUCAGGAUGGUCUUAUAACUGGUGAAUUGAACUGUGAACUUGUUCUACAAAUGCUUGAGACAACUUUAAAUGAAAAUGAAAUUCAAGUGGAGCAGCUUCAACUUCAGAAUGUUGCAGAUGAUGUGAACAAUGGCAACGGUAUCAAUCAAAUGGUUACCAUGGCUUACGAGUCUCCAGAAGAACGUCGUCGAUCUCGUUCUCGAUCCCGAUCGCAUCCCCUUUCAGUGACUGAGCUGGAACAGAGCAUUCAAGAGAAGGAUCAGCUGGCAAUUGAUCAUUGCACUCCCAUGGAAGUUGAAACUAUCGAAGAAGCAGAGAGGCAUAUCAGUCUCACGUCAGAAAUCUCUCUUCCUCAGCCUGUCAUCGAGAUCAAUGCCAUGGUUGACGAGCAAAUGGAUAACUCUGAGCCGACUCCUACUCGCGAGGAGAUGCGUCUCUUUCUGGAAACCUUGCGAGCUGAGCGUAAUUCUCGUUCUAGAUCUCGUUCCCGAUGCCGUUCACCUCUACCUUCUUCGGAUAACAUAGCUCGCAGUCUGGAAACCCGAAGACAGAAACGCAUCAAGCAAAACGACGAACUUUUCGAAAAGCUGCAGGAUGAAGAGAGACAAAGAAGCAAUUCAACUUCACCUGUGCCAGUGGUCGAACCAAUUAUAGCCCCAACUCCUCCUCCCGUGCCCACAAUUUCAAUUGAAUUUACUGAGGACCAACCUUUAGAGGAGGAUAAGGAACCCGAAGAUACUCCCGAGUCUAUGGCCAGGUUAUUCGAGCAGCUUCGUUUAAAUCGUGUUCGUUCCCAUUCACGUUCCCGUUCGAGAUCUCCACUCCCAAGUGCCGCCAACCUGGAGCAUAGUUUGCAGAAGCGACGGGAAAAGUUGAUAGCCCAAAACGAUGCCUUCUUCGAACAGCUACAAGAACGUGCCAGAACACCAGAGCCAGAGGUUAGGGUCAUUGUGGAGCACGUCUACGAAUACGUCGAGUCCAAUGAGUUUGAAAUUGAAAGUCGUGAUAUGCGCUCCCUUUCACCUUCCCGAUCACGCUCCAUUUCAGCUGGCAGUGCUUCUGGCUCUGAGGAUGAAGAUUCGCAUCAGUUUCAUCUUAUGCUUAACUUGGAGGGAUCCGACGGAAGAACUCUGCGUAAGAACAGCGAGGAAUUGGAGAGUGUCUUGGCCAACAAUGCCAAGCAACGUGAAGUUGACUUGGAGGCACUUCAAAAGUUAAACAACGCAAGCGAGGAAAUGGAAAUUCGUUUGAUGACUCCUCCCAAAUCGGACUAUGAACGCACUUUUUCCGAAGCGGCUCGUGAUCUAAAGGAUGAAAUAAUGGUGAGUGGAUUCAAGCGAUCCACAUACGUUGGGGAGUCCCUGGACUUGGACAGUGAGCUAGAGCAGGAGCAUCAGGUGAGCGCAGAGGUCCAACGCUCGCGCAGUCCAUCUCCCUGCUUGGAUAUGGAUGAGGCCAGGGAACAGGCAGCAGCACAGCGUGAACUUCAAGCUGCUAUACUGAAUUCUCUUGUUACAGCAAGUGAAGCGAGUGGAGCAGAUUCGGAGAAGCGACUCGGUGCCAAGCCUAAAACUAAUGAAUAUGAACGCACCUUUUCCGAGGAAGUCAAGGAUACGCAGCGCAUGAAGGAAGAAUCACUCUCCAGUGGCUUCAAGCGAUCCACCUAUGUAGGGGAAUCUUUGGACAUGGGCAUAGCAUCACAACUGGAUGAUCUUAGACAUCGCACAGCCGAAUUCCAACGUUCUCGCAGCCAGAGUCGCUCUCCAAUUCGAGAUGAGGGAGAUGUGCCUGCUCUUAAGAAUAUUGAGGCUGAGGUGGCCAAGCGAGAGCUUCAGGAUGAGCUCCUAGAUCAAUUUGCCGCAUCGAGCCUAAAUUUUCAGAACUUUUCACGCUACCUGAAUGCAGAUUUCUUAGAUAGUGAGAGACGUGCAUCGGACUCGGCCAUAAUUCAACUUGAUCCCUCUGCAGACUUGGAGCCGGAGGAGUAUCAUCAUUUUCGUCGUUUUUCGCUGGCCCAGGAGCAGCCAGUGGAGGAGUAUCCCAGUGAUGAAUGCGUCUACAUAUCUCAAGUCGAAGUGCACUCGCUAACGGGCAAGAGAACUUGGCUUAAAGAGGAUUUCUACACGCAAGACUUGGCCAACUUGGAGUUAAGUCUGGGAGACGAAGCAGAAAGAUACUCGGAGAGGAAAACACACUAUGUUUCGGAGGGAUCUUGGGCACGUGCUGUGCUAGCAGCCGAGGCAGAGGCAGCUGAGUUUGAUGAAACGAGUGCCAUUUACAAUUAUGACAUACUCGGGGAAUACCCUGUAAUUGACGAAGGCAGCAGCAAUGACAGCGACGAUGAGCGUCAAACUGUAGUUGAAAUUGAUGACGAUGAUGAGUACGAGUUUGAACUGGAUGAGGGCAUCUCGGAUAACAAUGAACGCACUCAGCCUACAGAUGAAUCUCAUCACGACACUUCCGAGUGCGAGGAAGCUGAACGGAAUGCAGAUCGUUAUGCUAAUCGUGGUGCCAAUGAUUGGGAGGAAGUCGAUAAUGUCGAUGAAUUGGCUGACUAUGGCGUAGACGAUGGCGCUGUGGGAGGAACCUAUUCUGAUCCCGACUCCUUCAUUGAACAAAUCUACAACGAUGCUGUAAAGAAUCGCAAGCAAUCUGGAAUUCUCCGGGAGUAUGAGACUAUGAUACAGGAACAGUUGAAUGCAGAAAAUGCCGAUCAGAGUGAAUCGGAUAAGGAUAAAUCCAGCUCAGACAGUGAACGUUAUGCACUCUGGGCCAAGACCAGAGAAUUGGACAGAUCCGAGGAGAGUAAUAGACACAGAGACAUUGAUAUAUCAAUUGGGUUGCUUGAAAGCGAGCGUAGAGAUACGGAAAUGCGUUACCUGGGAGAUGCUCAGGUGGCUGCUCGACAAUCAACUCGGCUAAGAACUCGCUAUGGUUACAGCCCGAAGCUACAGGUCGGAGUUGUGGAGGAUGACAUUGAGGUGGAUCUGAAUUACAAGCCCAAAAGAGAAUACAAUUGGCGCAAGAACUUCAAGUUGGAUGAUAAUGAAUCUCAGGAAGUGACAGCCCAUGCCGAUGAAAAUCUCCAAUCAACUGAGACUAACCUAGUUGAACAUCUGGAUCAAGAUCAAUAUCCGGUAGAGUCUGAAAUGCUGAUAGAUAAAGAACAAGAGCAAUACAAUCUUGACCAAGAUAUGGAUUCACUGGACCUGCGUCGCUUUAGCUUUGGUGGAGAAAGCAUAACGCUCUUUAGUCGCAGUCCGGAGCGGGAGAAAUUGUCCGAUGUACCUGAGGAAGGACAGCAGGAAAUGGAAAACGGAGAAGUGGGCUAUCAACAAUUAGAAGCUGAACUGGCACCGCCUGAGGAACCAAUGAAUGAGAAGCCCAAGAAGAAAAAGAGCAAGAAGAAGUCUCGCAAAGGUUCGAAAACCGAGGAGGAAUUGCUCGAUGACAACGAUUCAGAUAAUCAGCAAUAUAAUAGACGUAGCUCUGCAACCAGAGAAGACGUGGAAUCCCUUACUGAAGCACCCAAAAGAAAGGUGCGAUCACGACGGAGCUCCAAGAGCAGCACAACCAAUGAGGAGAUUAAUGGAGAUGUGUUGUCUUCAAGAAGUAGCCUUGGUUUUGUGGCAGAGGCCUUGGAGGGCAUUACCGAAUUCGAGACGCCAGAGGAAACAUCUUUAAAAAAGAAGACAAAGAAACGCAAGAAGAUAUCCAAGGAAGCCAAGGAACCCAGGGAACAGACUUUGCCGGAGGAGCAGGACAUCGAUCAGGCUUUGGUCGCAGCACUCUCGGAGAUUGCUCCUAUAACCGUGUCCGCCUCAACGAAUCUAACGCCAGCCUCAACCCAACAGAAUAUUCUAUCCAGCAUAAGUGUGGGGCAUAGUCUAUGCCUUACACCAGCUUCAUCCUUCGAGGAGCCACUGAGUCCAACUUUGCAAAAUAACCAUGUGGCAAUUGUAGCUCCAGCUCGCUCUGUUGUGGAUACAUUUGAUAUACUCAAAGAUGCUAACUUCUAUCCGCUUUUCUAAAUUGCAUGAUAUAUUAUUAUACAUACAUAUAUGAAUAUACGAUUACACGAUUCAGUUACAUUUGAUUAAACUAUUUAUCUGUUUCUUAUAGACAUGUUCAUAAGCCCAAAAGUCAAACCCAAUUAUCGUGCACGCUGUACAAAAUCAAAUCCAAAUCAAUUUAGCACCCAAGCACUCCGAACCGCACUGAGGAUACCCAUGAAUAUCCAUGAAUGUACUUAGGAUCACAUUGUAUUAUACUAACGAGCAGACCCAAGAAAAA